UCAAGUUACAGCUCUAGUGAUUCGGACAUUCAACAAGUGCAUUUUGCUAAAAGCAAACAAAACAAAAAUAUCAUAACUUGCAGCUUUCCAAAGCAAAUCAAUAAAAAGUCAAUGAAUCAACUAGCAAUUAUUUCAAUGCUUUUAAAGCUAUAAAAGCAAGCGGACGUCGAUAUACCGAAAGUAUAGAAAACAUAUUGCAAGAGAGACAGAGAUAGAGGGAGAGUGAGAGUGAUUGCAAGAUUUAUGCAUGUUUUUCAUUUGUUUAUAAAAUAGAAAAGUGGAAACAAUGAGUUGCUUCAGUGCAAUGAAUACCCCCCUAUUGGGGGAAAUGGAGCAGACAAUCUGUAUGUUAGAGCGUGGCACAAUUGUAACGAAACUGUAUGGAAAACAACGACGCCCCGAUCGUCGACACCUCAUGCUUAUCAGAGAGACCCGUCAGCUGUUAUGGUCAACAGUUGCCGCACACACGCGCACAGACUACGAGGGAACGAUACAGUUACGGGAAAUACGUGAGAUUCGCGUUGGAAAGAACUCCAAGGAAUUUCGAUUACAUGCUGAUGAUUGUCAACGCUUUGAGAGCAGCAAAUGUUUCGUUAUUAUGCAUGGAAAUAGUUUUAAGCUCAAAAGCUUUUCGGUUGUUGCUCUCUCCGAGAUCGAGGCGGAUAAUUGGGUAAGGGGAUUACGCUAUAUGGUCAAGGAUACGAUUAAUGCACCAUAUCCGCUGCAAAUCGAUCGUUGGCUGCGUCGCGAAUAUUAUUCCUUUGAGAAUGUCAACUCACAUCUGACCAAAUCGGAGCAGAGCUCCCAGGUGACCAUCAAGGAUUUCAAGACAUUCUUGGCCAGCGUCAGCUGCAAAAUGAGCACCAGCAAAUUUAUGGAGUGCUUCACCGAUGACAUUCGACGCAAACAUGAUCUCAAAUUUGAUGAUUUCUCGCGCUUAUAUCAAAAACUCCUGUUGCCCGUGAGUUUCUUGAAUAUUAUUAUCGGCGGCACUGAGUUUGCCUAUUCCGAGGAUAAAAAGAUAAUACGGCCAAUUGAGUUUAAGCGGUUUCUGGAAAACGAACAGCAUGAUUAUAACAUUGCUGAACUAAAUAACAUUUCCGGUUUUAUGCGAGAUUUCGUGCAGGAUGUGGAACGGGAUGUACAGGAGCCAUUUUUGACCAUAUCCGAGUUUGUCGACUAUCUCUUCUCCAAGCAAAAUGAUCUUUGGGAUGUCAAAUACGAUAGCGUGUUCAUGGACAUGAAUCAACCGUUGUCCUCCUAUUGGAUUGCCUCGUCCCACAACACAUAUCUAACUGGGGAUCAGUUCUCCAGCGAAUCCUCCUGCGAGGCUUAUGCUCGUGCCCUGCGCAUGGGCUGUCGCUGCAUCGAACUGGACUGCUGGAAUGGUCCCGACAAUUUGCCCUACAUCUUUCAUGGUCACACAAUGACAUCGAAAAUUAAAUUUAUGGAUGUGAUCAAAACAAUUAAGGAUCAUGCUUUCACAACAUCCGAAUACCCUGUAAUUCUGUCAAUCGAACAGAACUGCUCCUUGGAACAGCAGCGCAAUAUGGCACAUGCUCUCAUUGAGGUCUUUGGAGACAUGCUCUUGACGCAACCGUGCGAUCGCAAUGAGUUGCAUCUGCCAUCACCAAAUCAGUUGCGUCGUAAGAUUAUCUUGAAGCACAAAAAGUUGCCACAAUUCGAUGAGAAUGUUGGCGCUAUCAAUUUGCCUGCUGUUGGAGUCAAUAAUGGGACAAUUGCAUCGUUCAACCAUCGAUCAUCGCUGGGGGGAGGAGCAGCCGAUGAUAGCGAGAAUAUGCAAAAGAUCUUAAAGAAGGGAUUGCUGUAUUUUAAGGAUCCCGUUGAUAAGUCAUGGAACCUUUAUCAGUUUGUGCUGACGCAACAGGAAUUGAUCUAUACGUCGGAAAUAAGCGAGAGUCGUAAUGGUAAUUCCGAGGAUGAUGAUUUUGGACUCUCCUCGUGCACUUUGAAUAGCAACAUGCAACAGAAACAGAAGGACACCUCAGCCAAUGAUGAGCUGCACUUUGGCGAGAACUGGUUUCAUGGUAAACUCGAGGGUGGCCGACAAGAAGCGGAUCAACUUUUGGAGACCUACAAACAUCUCGGAGAUGGCACUUUCUUGGUACGCGAAUCAGCCACCUUUGUUGGAGAUUAUAGUUUAUCCUUCUGGCGACGCAAUCGUCCCAAUCAUUGUCGCAUCAAACUGAAGCAUGAGAAUGGUUCCAUUAAGUAUUAUCUGGUUGAGAAUUUCGUCUUCGAUUCGUUGUACUCGCUGAUCGUGUAUUAUCGCAAGAAUAUGUUGCGCAGCUCAGAGUUUUCCAUUAUCCUCAAGGAGCCGGUGCCGCAGCCAAAGAAGCAUGAGAGCCAGGAUUGGUUUCAUCCAAAUACAACCAAAGAGCAGGCGGAACAAGGACUUCUUAAGCUGGAUAUUGGUUCAUUCCUUGUGCGACCAUCGGUGCAGAGCAUCAAUGCCUUUGUCAUAUCAUUCACAAUCAAUCGCAAGAUUAAACACUGUCGCAUCAUGCAGGAGGGACGUCUUUAUGCAAUUGACACCAUGCAAUUUGAGUCUUUAGUCUCACUCAUUCAUUAUUAUAUGAGAAAUCCGCUGUAUCGCAAUGUGAAGCUGAUUCAUCCCGUUUCCCAGGAGCUGCUGCGACAGACUCUCAUCGAGAAUGCGCAGCUGCAUAGUGAGCAUGGCAUUGAUAGCAACGGUGCAUCCAACUACAUGGGCUCAAAUCUGGAGGAGUAUGUCACCUGCAAGGCCCUCUAUAGCUAUAAAGCUGACAAGCCCGAUGAGCUCUCCUUUCCCAAGCAUGCCAUUAUUACCAAUGUCCAAAGAAAUAAUUCCAUGUGGUGGAAAGGUGACUACGGUGGCAUGAUCCAACAUCAUUUGCCAGCCAACUAUGUCAAGGUUAUUGAUUCGGCAACGGAGGAUUACAAUUCGGUUAACGAGGAGGGCAACGAUGGACGCACCGAUUCAAUCGAGAUUUAUGGAGCCGUUGCAUCUCUUUUUGAAUCAAACGAACCGGGAAUUAUAAUCAAGCUACAGAUACAAACACCGACAAUGCAGAAUCCAUUCAUAAUUGGAUUCGAUAUACAGGAGACGGCAUACGAAUGGAUUAAGGCCAUACAGGAUGCUGCAUUGAUUGCUAGCCAGUUGGCAACAGAGCGUCGGAAGAAGGAGCGUACGGCACGGGUGGCCAAGGAGAUGUCCGACUUGAUUAUCUAUUUUCGGAGUGUGCCGUUCCGGGAUCACUCGUGGAUAUUUCAGGAGAUGUCCAGUUUCCCAGAAACGAAGGCGGAAAAGCAGUUUAUACAACAGAAUAUGCCACUUUUCCUAUCAUAUCAUCGGAAUCAAAUUAGUCGCGUCUAUCCGAAGGGACAACGUUUGGAUUCGUCGAAUUUUAAUCCGGUUCCAUUUUGGAAUAUUGGCUCACAGAUGAUAGCGCUCAAUUAUCAGACUGGGGACAAGGCCAUGCAACUGAAUCAGGCCAAGUUUAGGAAUAACGGGCAAUGUGGCUAUAUAUUGAAGCCGUCGUUUAUGAGAUUUGAUAACUUUAAUCCCAAUAAUCCAUUGUCGGAUGGCCUCAAUGAGAUCAAGAUCAAUAUGCGUAUUAUCGCGGCACGACAUUUAUUCCGUGGUGGCAAAUCAAAUAACCCACAAAUUGUUGUUGAGAUUGUUGGCGCCAGUUUUGACAGCGGCAUCAAAUAUCGCACCAAGGUGAAUGAGAAUGGAUUCAAUCCGAUUUGGAAUGAAUCCUUUGAGUUUACCGUCCACAAUCCACAAUUUGCUCUGCUCCGUUUCGAGGUGCAGGAUGAGGAUAUGUUUGCCGAAACCCAUUUCAAUGCCCAGGCCUGUUAUCCAUUGACCUGCAUCCGUCAAGGAUAUCGCAGUGUCAUUCUGCGCAACAAAUUCAGCGAGGAUCUCGAGUUAUCCUCGCUUUUAGUCAACAUUGAGAUCACAAAUAGGACAUCGUCCACUUAAUGUCCAAGAACGUUUCGUUCGACCCAAAAAUAUCAAGUAUUCUAAUCUGAGGAUUGCAAAACACAUACAUAUCCCCAAACACACAUCCAAUCACAUAAAUAUCUACAUAUCUGUACUUUAUUCCUCAUGUUAAACUUACAGGUCAGCUGUACAAUUUAAUUGAAC